CAACUAAACCUUCAUUUUUUCCUAAGCGGGCUUUUGGACUUCCCCCCAUCUUUUUCCAUUAUUUUAUUCCGAUCACAUUUGGGGCAGAAAUGGCUGACGCAAAAGUCGACACCAGCUCGGAAAUCUCCGCAAAGGACCUUAAAGAAAAGAAGACGGUUGAGGAGGAAUCAGAAAAUGGAAAGGAUGCUCCAGCCAAUGGCAAUGCAGAUAAUGAGGAGAACGGCGAUCAGGAAAACGAAGUAGACGAAGAGGAGGAAGAUGUUGGUGAGGAAGAGGAUGAAGAGGAUGAUGGAGAGGGUGACGAAGACGAAGAAGACGAAGAGGCCGAGGGUGGAACAGCGAAAAGGGCAGCUGAGGAUGACGAUGAGGAUGAGGACGUCGGAACCAAGAAGCAGAAAACGGAUGAUUAAAGAGGGUCGACCUGCUAAACCUCCUCCCAACCAACCUCUCCUUAACUCGUCCACUGGGGGAAAAAGAGAAAAAAACGUGGUCAUCAUCAAGUAGAGUUCAGCAUCUGUGUACACACACCUAACUGCAAAUUUUGUAGAAACAACGAAGACUUCAAAGCUCUACCUUCUUACAAGAUACUUUAAAGGAGAAUUUGUUUGUAUUUUUAUUUACAUUUUAUAUUUUUGUACAUAUUGUUAGGAGGUCAGCCAUUUUUGACAGUGAUCUCUGGUUACCAAACGGUGCUUUGAAGUUGAAGCCUCUCUAUGAAAUAGAUUUUACUUGUGGUCUGGCCGUGUCAUGUUAUCUCAACUGAAAUUGUAAAGAAAAAAAAAGUCAACAGCCGUUUAAUUCAGAGCAUUCCAGUACUUUGUGUAUGUACAUCAGUUAGUUGGUUUGUAUGAGAUGGCAAGGCUGAAGAAAAGAUGGAUCUUUUCUUGCUUUGUCUAUUAAAUUGCUAUCUAUUGUGGCCUGUUUGAUGUAUGUGUGAAGUUGUUGUGCGACAAUAAACCGAAAUUUUAUUUUGUGAGUUCCUAA